AUGUCUUCCCCCCAGGAUAAGGCCCAGGUCUACGUUGGCCAGCUCGACAAGGAGCUCUCCAAGUACCCCGUUCUCAUCAACCUCGAGAAGCAAACCGGUGUCCCCAAGGCCUACGCUGUCCUUGGCUCCGUCGCCCUCUACUUCUUCCUCAUCCUCCUCAACCUCGGCGGUCAGCUCCUGACCAACAUCGCCGGCUUUGUCAUCCCCGGCUACUACUCCCUCGGUGCCUUGUUUUCUGCCGACAAGCACGAUGAUACCCAAUGGUUGACCUACUGGGUUGUCUUCUCUUUCUUCACCGUCCUGGAGAGCUUCAUCAGCGUCGUCUACUGGGUUCCUUUCUAUUAUACCUUCAAGUUCAUCUUCCUUCUCUGGCUCUCUCUCCCUUCCUUCAAGGGUGCCGAGAUCAUCUUCCGCUCCUUCCUCGCCCCUACCCUCUCCCGCCACUUCCAGACCUCUGGCUCCACCGCCAGCGGCCUCCGCGCGAAGGCCGAUCUCCACACCGAGUAA